UUUCAUCACAUCCAAAGCAUGUCUGGAGAAUCUUCUGAGCAGCCGAGGAAAAGAGGUCGACCAAUUCAUCUUCCAGCCGGCAACCAAAAGACGAACAAGAGAAUCACCGAUCGAAAAGCUGGACAAGAAAACAGGGACAUUGUAGUGGGACUUACAGAAGCAGCCCCUAUUCUUAAGGAGCUCUUGGAAGCCUUUAGCAGCAUCAAUGAAGGCGACUUGCUGCAGACAAUUAGAAAUAUAGGGGAUGCAAGAGCGAGAUGGAAUGAAGGAGUGCAGUGGCAGCAGGAUGAAGAGGGAAAUAGUACUAUGCCGUGCAUUCAGGAGAUUAAAGACGCAAUGAGCGAGGCAGUAAGCAAGGUAGUAUUGCCUCUUCGAAAUGACUUGCAGAACGUUAUGCAGACUAUGCCCAAUGUUAAUUUGCCGAUAGCUUCCCAGGCAUUGGGUUGUCAAUACAAUCAGAAUCCUGUGCAGUCAGAUGCUUUUGCUGAACAGAGUCCAUUGGGGCUGCCGUUUUGUGAAGAACCGGGGAUUAACAUUAUGUGUUCAACAAGUACUUGUGAUGAGAAUGGAGAAAAGUUUGAUGAUGAGCAAGUGACAAUAUUUCUCCAAGAAUGGGAUGGUAAUACCAAAGGACAAGUACAAUAUUCAGACUUCAAUGAGUUGCAAGAGGAAUUAAGAAAAGUGGAGCUCAAUUGCUUUCCUUCUUUUCUGGAUCCUAUAUUAAUUCAGAAAAUAAAGGAUGCAUAUGGGGAUAUUACAGAAAAGAGCAACUCAGCAGCUGUUCAGCUCAUCCUACGCUUGUCAUGUUCUAUACCACGAUAAAGGAGAUGGAUGAGGUGAGAGAGGUAAAGGAUGUUAACAUAUCUAAGUUGAGAGUUUGGAGAGAUGCAGUCUGUAAUGCUCUGCAUAUCAAUAUGGAGGUUGAAUUUGCAAAGGAGCACUUGACCAAGAUUGCUUAUGCUUAUUUUGCUUCAAAGACAAUUGAUCCAAUAAUUUAUGAUCAAAAGAAGAAAUUAGAGACGCAGUUGGGGCGGAUAUCUACGAUGCUUGAACUGCAUGACAAGUGUCAAUCUGAAGCCAUAUUUUUCAACGACAAGUCUCUUAACACGGUUCUUUUCCCGUAGUCUUGACUUGCUACUUAUGUUAAAUCUUUGAAAUUUUUGAUAAAUUUUUGAAUUUUAAUUUUUUAAAUAAAAUUUUAGGAUUUUAUAAAUAUAA